UGUAGCAAUGGAGAAUGUGUCCGUUUAUCAUGGGAGGAUUAGUCGUGAGAUUGGCGAAAAGCUCUUGAGUGAAGCUGGAAAAGAUGGGAGUUAUCUGCUUCGUGACAGUGAGACAGUGCCUGGAGUGUAUUGUCUAUGUGUACUGCAUAAGGAUGUAGUUUACACCUACAGAGUCUCUCAAACAAUAACUGGCUCCUGGUCAGCGGAGGCUGCACCAGGAGUUCCUAAAAGAAUGUUCAGAAAGGUUCAGAAUCUAAUCUCUGCUUACCAGAAGCCAGGCCAAGGAAUUGCAACUCAUCUGCAACAUCCUGUUGAAAGAAAAACGCCGAAGAUGAAAGUCGACAUGCUUAACACUUUGAAGAACCAAACUUUGUUUAACUGUGACACAAAAGUUAAACCUGAGCUUAUUCAAAGUUGUAACAGGAAGGGUGGGGAUAUUGAUGCAAUCGAGAUGUCAUGA